AGACAUAUGGAUAUGGUGUCCCCAACCCCAUGCGUCGUGUUAGUCGUUGGAAAGAAUCGGAAGAUCAAUGGCUGCUGGAGUCUGCCUUAUCUCCUCCGCACUCAUCCGAUCCCGCUCGUUUCUGCCUGCCAAUUCAACCCAGGUGGCGGUGAGAGAGGAGCAGCAAUCGCUUCGAAGUUCUCCAUCCAAAGUCCAAACUACUCGUCGAAACGUUGCUUUACUGUCACUGUUCGCUGCGAUUCCCGCCCUUUAUCAACCCCUUUCCGCCGCCGCAUUCUCCAUCGGAUUCUCAGGACCCAAGGAAUGGCUGAGAGAGCAGAAGAAGAAGGCUUCAAAAUUCCUCUUGGCCCCUAUUGAUGCCUCCCGAGAGAGCCUUCGCCGUGUCUACCUUCUACUAACGGCAAGUGAUUUUGAUUAUUCAAGCGUGGACUUGGGAGAAGUUCAGGGAUUACUUAGGUCUGCUGCAAGGGACUGUGUUCCACAGGAGAGGAAUUCGUUCGUUUCCCUUCAAGCUAAUACGGGGGUUGAGGUGUGCACAUUUAGGUUGGUGGUGAAUAAUGCAUCUUCAUUACUUAAAGAUAAGAGUCCUGUAAAGUUGGAAGCUGAAGCUAUGCUAGAUGAUCUUAUAAGUUCUUUUACCUUCCUCAAUGGGACGAUUAACAAAACCGAUAUUCAACUUGCCUCUAACAGACUAAAGGUUGCAGAUGCACUCAUGAAUACCAUAUCCUCUCUGGAUAAGUUUGAACAGGGCAUCAAAGAUUGUCUUGAAAUCUGAAAAUUAGCUUCCAUUCCUUUCUCAGUUAAAAUAUUUCUGUUGUAUAAUGUGCCUGGAGGAGGUUUUGCAGAUGCUUCUGUUUUUUGGAAUUUAAGGAAAGCUGAAUUUAGGUUGUGUAA